AUGUCUCGUAACGGGGGUAGAAACAUCUAUAGCAGGAUUCUAGAGGAAGAAACAGGAAAUAAAGUUCAGGAUGUACCCUUACGUACAACAUGUACAUUUGGCUGGGUUACCAGUAGACUGGGUCUUAAUCAGAAGUCAUGUGAUGAAUUUGUUCCAGGGCAACAUUCAACCUGUCAGAACUCGGAAAAUAUGCGUCGCGCGUGGAUUAAACGCGAGCGAGAGGCUUUUUCCCGCGAAACUGACCCUCAGUUGUGGAAAGCUGUUUUAUCGUUUAUUUCUGGUGAAGAGUACAUGCGUGAGUUUUUGUUGCUUGUUAUCAUUGCGAGCGCCCGCAUUCUUCAGCCCACCAUGUUUGCCGCUGUCCUUAGUUCUGAGCCUGUUAUGCUGUAUGGCUCACCUCUACCGUGGAUUUGUGCCGUUACCGCUGGAUAUUGGCUUGCAGUCUCAUCCGAAGGUCUUGCACGGAGUCAUUAUUCCUUCUUUACGCAUCUGACAAGUACAUCGGUUAAAUCCGGUCUGAGUGGUUUGCUGUAUGAAAAGGUAUAGUGAAACGCCCCUUCAUGCCUCCGCCUCUUAUUACGACUAUGAUCCGAAACGGAAACGGGCACUCAGGAUUUUCGUUGUUAAUUCCAUCUUUUUUCGUUGUCUUAAAUACUUUUUUCCCUUUGAUAAGCUAGAAGCAAAGAAAGCAAGCCCAGAAAAUUUUUUGGAAGUAUGAUUUCAUUCAUGUAAUGGAAGAUUUUCUUUUCUGUUAAUUUCUGUAUGGUAUGAUUUUCUUCAUGAAUAUUCAUUGCUCCGUGACACUGAUAUGUUUGAUAGGUGUUGCGACUCAAAGAGACCGACUUAGCAGAUUACACGACAAGUCACCUCAUCAACUUGAUAUCAAAAGAUUUGGAACCGAUUGAUCAGUGUUCACAACUCGUGCCAUUCCUCCUCACCGCCCCUGUGGAGCUCGUAGUAUUCUCUAUACUGUUGAGUGCGCUGAUUGGCUGGGAAUCAGUUAUGGGGAUCGUUUAUAUGUUAGUGUGCACUCUCCUACGCUGUGGCAUCGGCAGAGUUUAUAGAAAACUUCGACAACAUACCGUGUUUUUCAUGGACCAUCGGCUUCGCCUCCUCAGUGAAAUACUUUCUGGCAUUCGAGCUAUCAAAAUAAACGCCUGGGAAGGAGUUUUUAAGCGACUUAUCAAGGAUAUUCGAAGGUUGGUAUUUAAUACUCGGUACCUUUUACCGCUGUUUACUCAAAAAUAAAUUCUCUGAUUCGUGAAAACCAGCUGAAAAGUAAAAUUGGACAGUAAAAUGAUAUUUUCCCGGUCCCAAGCGGAAAAAUGCACGUGACUCAACAUAUUAUUAUUGUAUUUUUCCCAUAUUAGAAAGCUGUAAGCAAGCACUUUUUUUUAGCAAAUGAUUGUUCAUGUAUUCACAACCUAUUUUUCUUUGAAGGAAAGAGCUGCAUCACAUCAAAAGAAAAGCUUUGGUUCUUGGCUCCCUGUUAUCCGUUCAACAUGCUGUUCCGAUCAUCAGCUCGCUUGUUUCCAUAGCAACGCUGUCACUGCGUGGAAAAGACCUCAACGCCAUUAAUAUGUUUUUGAUUAUCUUAACGAUGUAUAUUCUUGAUUCCUCCUGUGGUGAAUCAUUUGUCAAAGGAGUAGAGGCACUUGUAAGGACCCUCGCUCGCCUCAGGAGAAUAGAACAGUUUCUGCUUUUGGACUUCCCAGUUAACUCAUUCGUGGAAAACACUACUCGUCGUCCGGAGCAUAGAUUAAACAGGAGAGGUAGAUCACAUUCACACUCCGAUAACGUGACUCAUCAUAGUGGAAUCAGUCCCUCAGAUAAAUCACCUUAUCUUUCAUUACGCAGUGUUUGCUGCGAGGGUGAAUAUGGGCUUACUGAUAUCGAACUCAAUUAUAUAACCUGCAGUUUUGAAGGCCCUCAACUUGUGACCAUCACAGGGCCCCCUAAGGCAGGGGCUGGUACGUCCUUGUUACUUGGAGCCAUACUUAAGGAAGUACCACUGAUUCAAGGCAGUGUAGUUCACGAUGGAAAGAUAGUGUACGCUGGGCAGAAGCCUUGGAUAUUUUCUGGAACUCUUCGCGAAAAUAUCCUUUUUGGAGAUCCAUAUAACGAGGAACGUUUCUUGGCCGUAAUAACAGCAUGCAAACUAAAGGAAGAUAUAGCAGUCUUGCCCAGUGCAGAAAACACGUACAUUGGUGAAGGCGGAAGUGAAUUGACUCUCGGACAGCGGCAACGUAUAAAUCUAGCACGCGCGGCCUACUCGACUGCUUCAAUAAUCUUAUUGGACGAUCCAGUCAGUCACGUUGGCACUUUACUAGAAAAUCAAAUAUUUGAUGAUUGCAUCGAAGGUUUUCUAGCACCUCGCUUAAAACUAUUGGUCACACGUCGAGAACUUUUCCUUGCUCGAUCUCCUCGCGUGUUAUUCAUGACAAAUGGGAUUAUUGUAAGAGAAGGAUCUUUUGCUAAGAUUAAAGAGGCAGGUGAUGAUCUCUCUUGGCUAACAAACAGCGACAACGAGAAAGAAAGUGAGGAGAAGGCAUUUAACGAACCACAGUCUAAAAGAACCCAGUCAGUUGACAAGGACCCAGACAGUGAUGAAACUAAUGAAAACGAAGGAUUUACUGUUUACUUAACAUAUGCUAAGCAAGCAGGAUUCUUCCCACUGCUGUUAGUUAUUGGAUUAAUAUUGGUGCCUGCACCUGGAGGUAUGUAUCACUCUACCCUGAGGGUAGGGGGUUGGGGGAGCUGUUGCCUGUGCACAUCAUUUGCGUCACACCAGAGGGUAAAAUGAUUGAUUGAUUGAUUGGUUGGUUGAUUAAAGAGUUAUUGGAUACAAGCGUUAUGUUUGCGCAACGCCAGGAGGAGUUCUCGCCCCUUAGAAAUUUGGUUUUAAAAGUUUCAGACAGUUCCAGCAAUGUGGUGAUAAUUAAUAAAGGCUUUCUAGGUUCGUGUUAUGCUAUAGCGUACACACACACACACCUCACUGGCCGAAAAUUACUGGUUUGAGUGAGGCUAGGAAGUGGGCUGUCCAGAUGGAAGAGUCUGGGCCUCAAACGCUUUUAUCAGCACCACUGAAAAGCAGUCAGCUCAAAAUUUGAGUAGCACCCAUAAAUCGAAGCUUAACUACAAAUCACUGCAAAAUACUUUUGAUACGAAUAGUUGUGCAACUGAAAAGUUAGAACCACCUCGUACAUCACUACCGCAUGAAAAAAUUGUUCGUCACUUGGAAAUUGACUUGACCAUUUUUUUUUGGUGUAUUUAUUGUUCCUCUCUCUUUUCUCUUUCAGCCAUCCUCGCGGCCCUCGGGCUUUGGUUUGCACGAAUUGCGGGCCUAUCACUGGAAAACCAGCAAGAUCUUGUUCACUUUCACACGGCGACAGUCCUUGUAGGAGCGUUUCUGCUGUUGCUGCUUAUAAGAGCUUCUUUUCUAUUUCUGUGUGGGCUCAGAUCCUCUAAGAGAAUACAUAAGAAAGCGAUAUCGUCGCUACUGAAGGCACCUGUUCAACUCUUUGAGCCAGACAAGCAGGUAUGGCUCGAGAAAGAUUGACAAAUUUGAAAUACGAACUUACACGAUAACAAAGUUUGUAUAUUUUGAGUUUCACUCAGCAUAUCAACGAUUCAGAUAAUUGGCUUAAAAGCUCUUUAGCGUCAUACCCACCCUUAGGUGCAACAAGGUUUCUGUGGUUAUAAUCUUUUUGUGCCAAAAAUUUGAAGAAUUUCUACAACUAAAACAUCGAGAAAGCAGCAUGGCCGUGUGGAUUUUGGUGCUACAUGUCACUAGCUGAAAAUCUUUCCAGCAUUCUCGAGUUUAACUCUUAUUCACCUGCCUUUGUAAAAAGCCCAUAAUUUGUCAAACCCCGAGGCGUAAAUCACCUGAUCCCUGCCCAUUUUAGUCAUGACGUCAUCAGCGUUCAUGCUUUGCAAAAAAGACGGACAAACUACUACAGAAGUGGGUAUUUGGUUUGGGUAAGCGAGAUGCAUAAAUAGUACGCAUUCUAGUUUCAAUUGCAACUGAUCAAUCGUGAGGUAUUUUACCAAUUCUGUCUGACAGUGUGUCAACACAAAGUAACCGUCAUAGAGUGUACGGCUCAAUGUAAUACCGUCGAUGUGUCAUGCUUUUAACACAGGGAAAAUUGCUAAAGACGUUUUCCAAAGACGUGGAAUGUCUGGAUGAGAAGCUCCCUCUUGACAUCCUACGGUUUCUCCAUUCGGUUAUUGAACACAUUGCAGCUGUUAUAAUCAUCAAGAUCACCACUCCAUGGGCGAUACUUGCCGCUGUUCCCGCUGCAAUCAUUCUGUUGCUGUUGGGCAGGUAUUAUCUCUGCUUAGAGCGAAGAGCAAGAAACCUUGAGAGCAGAAGUUUAAACCUUUUCCUGACCCAUUUUUCUGAUACAAUUGCCGGAGCGGUCACGAUCAGGGCUUACCAGAAGGAAAUAAACUUCGAAAAUGAGUUUUACAGGUUAGAUCACCCCCCUUUUCCAUGAUUUUUCAUAAUAGACCUUUUUACCGAUACGGUGGCCAUAUUAAAUUAAUUCGAUUUAAAGAGUAUUAUCGGAUGCCCAGGGGGGCAUGAACAAGAUCCGUUGUACUCGCUUAGUAUUAGAAAUAUGGUUUUUUACUGUAUAUUUCUCGGGAAAAAGGCGAUCAUUAUUUCAUCCUAACACGGCACAACGAUCUUUUUUUCCAUUAGAAUUUUAUUCUGAAAGAAAACUUUAAGGUAAAAUCCCCCGAAAGGCGCUCGUAAAUACUAAACGGAAUGCGCUCAUGCCUCCCUGGGCAUCCCAUGAUACUCCUUAAAUCUAACUUGUUCAAUAUGGCCGCCUUAUUAGUAAAAAGGUCCAUUCUUAUGCGCAGUGAUAACUUAACAAAAGUAAAAAAACCGACAGUAUCUGCAGUAUGCUUUUUCCACUGUUUUUAGUCGAAUUCGUUCUCCCUAACUCUUCGUAAACACCUGAUGAUAAUGAACUGCAGCACGUCUAUAAAACCCGCAACUCAAAAUAUGUGGACCAAAAAAUACUUUAUAUAAUUAUAUUACAUAAUGUAUAUUUUUUAGGUUAUAUGAUCAGUACACGACUGCAGUAUGUAUGAGGUCAGCGGCUGAGCAGUGGUUAGCACUGAGACACUUGUUAGUGACGUCACUAUUUAUGUGCUUAGCUACCGUCAUCGUUAUCUUCACCAGCGACAUAAGUAAGUAAAUCUAGGUCAGUAAGUGGACUGAAGGAUGUGUUCUUUCCCGAGACAACUCAACUCUUUCUCUCACCCAAAGUGUACACAUGAGUACCAGUGAGUGUAUACAUGAGUACCAGGGACUGGCGUGCACCCCGGGGCAUGUUUGUUUUGUUCUCCCAACACAGAUCAUGUGAUAUUAUCCCGAAGAAAUGUUUCUUUCAAAUUUCGUCUCAUUCACGUGCACAUGUACGCACAAUUUAUGAAAAGGCGAAGAGUUUCCUCGAGAACAUCAUAUGACCUACCUUACUUAGCUAGUGUUAAGAUCAUGCGCAAACAAAACAUACGUGAGUGCCCAGUGCCCGCCCUCAAGUAGCCUGCGUUGAAGACUACGUAAUCUAACCCCGGUUAGUAACGUUUGCGAAGCAGCGCCAACAUCCUUGUUCUGGGCUCCCAACGGACACUAUGAAUUACCGGAAAUGCGUUUCGAAAUUUCCCUUCAACCUGAAUGGCAAAUUGACAAUGGUUUUUCAGCCGGCCAAUCACGGCGCGUUCUCUAGUACAUAGAUGGGGGGCGGUACUUUUGUUCGCCAUACUAUGUAGUUAAACAAUCUUCACCCAAGCUAGGGCUCUCACUUCUGCGCAUGACCACCAGGGAGAUAAGCAGUGUCAGUUAAAACAGUGUCAGGAGCGUAAGCAGUGUGGUCGAGUAUGGCGCGAAGUAAUACUACAAACGCCAAGUCCACGAUAGAGUUGUAUUCAGUGACCUCUGCUAUCAAAUUAUUAUAGUCCCUUUUAAAAACAGUGUUUCAUGGCUAGGCUUGAAUGUACAUUCGGCAAUUCCGAGAGACUAUUCAUAGCAAUAUGUUUGCCCCACAGAAAUUGAGAGGCCUGCAUACACCUCGAAUUUAAUCUUUUUGCAGGAACUAAAGCUAUUUUAUGUUUUGCUUCUCCUUUUUUAGCUCUUGUAGCACUAUCAUUAACGUACGAUAGACAGCUGGUUGUAGGAAUCGCUUUGAUUCCGAUCCUCUUUACUGAUAUUGAGCAGGGCAUGGCGUCAACGGCAAGACUCUUCAGUUACUUUGACCUCCAUCCCGAAGUCGGUUACGAUAAUAUCACGAACACUCCCGAAGACUGGCCGAGUAAAGGUUCUGUGAGCGUCAGUGAUGGUAUAAUGGCGUACACCCCUGGUCGGCGAAUGUCUUUCCAAACAUUGACUCUGUACAUGGCACCAGGUGAAAAGAUCCUUGUCAUAGGUGAAAGAAAUGCCAACAAAAUUUAUCUUGUGGAUAAUAUGCUGCUUUUAAACGAAUCACGCCAAGAAGUGCUAGUGGAUGAAAUAGCAUUAAAAUUAGUCAACCUUCAAAAAGCGAGGCGUGUCUUCAGCGUGGUUCAGCGAGAACCAUUCGUAUUCACGGCCUCUCUUAGAACCAACCUAGACCCAGAAGGAAUCCAUGAGGAUAAAAAGCUAUGGAGUGCUCUGGAAGCUGUGCAGAUGAAAGAUUAUGUACAGCAACUCCCCAGGCAGUUAGAUUACAUCAUGACUCAGCCAUCGUUCUUUACAUAUUCUCAACUGGUGCUCUCGGCCAUUGCCCGCGUUCUUCUGCAGAUGAGGCGUAUCGUUAUUUUUGACGAAAUCAUGUCAAAUGUCAACUUAAGCACGUUACGAAUGAUACGCAAUGUCUUGAAGAAGCAGCUAGGUUAUUGCACGGUGAUCACUGUUGAAUAUAAACCUAUCAGUCUUGAAACAGUUUUAUGUCACGACCGUGUAGUUGUUAUGGAGGGAGGAAGAAUUGUUGAAAUGGAUGAUCCGCGAGCUCUGCUUGAGCGACAAGAUAGUCUGCUGUCGGCGUUUCUGAUACAAAGCUAA